AUGCGACGUUCACAAAAACUAUCAAUAUUAAAUCAAUUUAAACAUAAUCAUUUGGAAAAAGAUCUAUCAUUUCCCAUACAUCACAAACACAAACGCGAACAUCCAUUACAAUCAUCACAUCAAUUAGAUAAUAUUGAUACUUUAGAUAUUCAAAAAUUAAUAUCAAAUGCAUAUGAUCAAGCAUUACGCCUUGUUAAACAUUCAAAAAUACUAGAUAAAUUAAAAGAGCAUAAAAUAAAUUGUUUAAAUGAUUUAAGUAGUUAUAUCUUCGACAUGUUAAAUAAAAAUUCAAGAAUGAUUAAUUAUUCUUUCCGAACAGAAAAUAACACCACUGACGAGUUUGGAUUGGAUGAAGAAAACGAAGAUAAUGACGUCAUCAAUUAUGCACCAGACCAACUUAUUGAUGAAAUUCUAUUUGAUACUCAAAGCGACGGUGUUAGUGAUGAUGAUGAAAAUAUAUUAAAUUCAACAAAAUCAGAUUUUAAUGGAAUAAGAAUAGUUGAUAAUAUUAAUCCUGCUAUAAGAAAAUCGUAUUUCAAAGUCAAAAUAAAUGACAAUAUUAAGUAUCUUCACAAACAAUCGGCCUGCUGGCUGUAAUCGAGUCAGAUAACGAAAUUAUCAAGUGAUCGUUUAUCUCGUGUCAUGCAACAAACACCUGGCCAUGAUUAGUAAACUUAUUCAUUUCAUUUUUUUUCUGUUUUACUAGUAUUUACUGUUGUAAAAAGUGAAUAAACUAAUCAUUCAUAGUUUUUCAACACUAUUUAAUUUUGUUCUAUGCAUAUCUAGAUCAUUAAGAAUACUUUAAAGUACUUUAGCAUAAUUUCAAGUACUCUGACGUAAUUUGAAGCUACUUAAACGUAAUUAAAAAGUACUUUGAGCUACUUUAAGCUACUUUGAGCUACUUUAAGCUACUUCGAACUACUUUAAGCUAUUUCGAGCGACUUUGAAGUACUUUUUGUACUUUACUGUACUUUUCUACUUCAAGUCCGCCCUUUCCCCCUAGACGUGAAAACCAAAUGAAAGUUGAGAAGAAGAGUGAUGAAAUCUAAGAUGUCGUUCGAUUUUUUUCCUCUUCCGUUCUUUUUUCCAACAAUCAUAUUAUCUCUUAAAACUCAAUGAAGUGUGUAGAUGGGUGCUAACAUGUUUUCUUCACCCACACCCACACUCAAAUCGAGGAAUAUUCGAGUAUGUGUUUAUGCGAAUAUGUUCUACAAGAAGAAACGACAAAGAAAAACUUAAUGCAAGGUGUAAUACACAAGUGUAACUGACUUAUACAGAUAUAAAGGAGACGAAACAAAAAGAGAAUGAGAUGGUUUUUUCUGCAUAGUGAAUAAUUACACUUUCUACGCUUGCAAAUAUGUUUGUCGUCUCUCUCACUGUGUUUGAUAGAUUGCACAAGCAACCAAAAACAAAAAAAAAGAGAAGCGAUACAAAUUAAUCAAAAGUGUUAUGCAAUGCUGUUGUAAAGAACGAAAAAUCAAUAAAAACCAAGAAUCAUGGGCAUAAGUUAUCAUCGGCCGGAUUAGUCCAAAAACAUGUUUAAGUAAACCUUGACGAAUUCUACCGAAUGACGAAACCUCUUAGAAGUAGAUCAGCCUUUUCAAAAGAACGCAUGUUAGACCUCGAAUUUUCUGGUUCUUAAUGCAAGAGUGGAGAUUGACAUAUUAACAGGUAAAAGUUUACUUCCUUCUGUAGUAACAUUUUGAACACUACUCAGCGAUUUUGCCGCUAUCGUAUUUUUUCUCUUGAGCGACGUCUUCAGAGCAAUCAAAACCAGUUGCUCACUAUGCAACAAAGUAUGAUAAACUAUUUCGUUGGAUUUUUUCUCAAACCUUGCGGAUCCAAGCAAUAGUUUGGAAGUGUCUGAGUAUUGUUCAAUGCGUGCAAAAUUGUUCUCAAAGAAUUUUGCAUGAAUUAACAAAUUCCUUUAAAAGAGUUCUAUUUGGAGGUAAAAAUGCGUGAGUGAUCUAGAGAUCUUUUCGGAAAGCUCCACUUGUGAAGAUGGCUGACAAGAGGUUGACAGUAAUUAUAGGGAAACUCGCAAACGUUGUGCAACAGAUAUGAGUGAAAUUCUGUAGUUAGUCGAGGCAAUACCAUACUCAAAUUUGAAACUUCAACAUAAAAAUAAAAACACGCUACAUUUCAUCAAUUGAUGAUGCUAUUUCGAAAACAUCUUAUAUUCAUGAUCAGUAAUCUCACAAAACCUAACAGUUUAUCAAAUGCUCAUCUUCGUAAGUAGUAAAGUUGAGUCACAAUAUUGAUAUGGUUCAAGUCAAAGGUAUCAUAGAAAGGAUGAAUUCAGAGUAAAAAAGAAGAGAUUGAUACAUUUAUAAGAAUAUCAAGAAUUUUGGUCAUAAAUUAGCACCAUCAUGAUGUUAGACAAAAAUGUCGUCAUGAACAUGUUUUAAUAAGAAAUGCUUUAUAAGUAUGAUAAUUAUUAACGUCGAUCACGAUUGACUAGAAAAUCAACCAUGAAGCACAAAAACUCCAGAAUUCGAGCUAAGAUGAUUCCAAGAAAAAGUCUUAAUGUAAACAGCCGAUCGAGCCAUAUAUUGACUUCAUAUUCACCAGCAUAAAGCUAAAAUUUAGAUCGAAAUAUAUUAUUACUGAAUACCUGUCAUUGACAUAGUAAAACUGCCUGUGCUAAGUAAACUUACCCAGAGAUUAAUCGUGUUUCUCUUGAUACGGCUUGUGAAUGAACGAUUCGCCCAUAGUCGUCGACUUCCACAAAUGAGCCAAUAACGUGAUAAUGUUUUGUUUUGUAUCGCGUCAGAAAAUAUACCAUGAUUGAAUCGACAACGGAAAGUUGCGAAUGAUAAAUAUUUCAGUGCAUCGAGUAAAUAAAACAAAUCUUGCGAAGAAUUCAAUGGUAUAUUUAUUUUUUCUAAUCGAGGAAAAGCAUAAGAUAGAUAUUGAGCAUCAACGGCAUCUGGAAGAUUUCUUUUUUGAUUCAUAUCAUAAAUUACUAAGGUUCGAAUCUGUUGAAAGACGAUCUUUGUUGGAAAAUAGAUCAAUAGUGAUUCUUCUAAUGCAAGUGAAUUUAACUGUGGUAACUGGUAAAAGACAUCGGUCAAAGAUAAUAAUAUUUCCGUACUAAAACUAUUUCCUUUCACAAGCUCGAGUGAUGUAAUGUUGGGCAAAACAAAACGAUCAAGUGCAAUAUCCAAUGACCAUGUCAGACAAUUUAUGUAUUGUUCAAGACAAAUAUUGGAAGAUGUACAUACCCUAGAACGAGUAUUGAAAGGCCAAUUCAUGUUUUUCGGUGCGAAACGAGGUACUGUAAAAACACUCGUCGUCAUCCCAUUGUUAUCAUGAACGACAAACCAAUGUUUAUGGUCAAGCCAGAAUGGUGUUCUAUAGGUCAAGAAAAGUGAGCUCCACAUGUAAACUCCAAAUUUGGAGCUCACUUCCCAUCCACGUUUUACCAUAAAAUACAGUCCAUGUUUUUCGGUUUAAAGCAGUACGGCCCUAUUUGACUGAGAUACUAGGUUGACUUGUAUCUGAUGAUUAACAGAUGCAUUGCCUGUGAUGCUAGAGGCAAUACCUGGGAUGCUAGAGGCAAUACCUGGGAUGCUAGAGGCAUCGCCUGGUAUGCUAGUAGCAUCACCUGGGAUGCUAGGGGCAUCGCCUGGGAUGCCAGUAGCAUCACCUGGGCUGCUAGAGCCUUCACCUGAGAUGCUAGUAGCCUCACCUGGGAUGCUA